AUGACCUCUUCCUUCCCACACGACAUCCUUUCUCCACGCGCCAGGCUGGGCCGGCCCUCCUCCAGCAGUCAGAAGACGAGCGAUCGCUUGCGCGAGCGCGAGCAUCGCCCUUCUCCUCUGUCGAUAAGUAGUACGCGUGCAAAGCUCUACUUCAGUAAUAAUCAGCGGCCGCAGCAGCAGCAGCAGAGGAGGAGCGUGUUUAGAGAGGAAGGGCUUGAUGAUUUGAGCUGCAGUGUGCAUCGGGAUGGGCCGCAUAUUGAUUUGGGGGGCUCAAACGAGGCUGAUGCUGUUGCGGUCGCGGUCGCCUAUGCUAGACACACAAAGGAGGGAGACGAGGGUGGGAAGGAGCAGCAGGGUGCGGUGAGGGGGAGGGUGCAAGAUAUCAAGACGGAAGAGGUGGGCGAUGGGAGUGCAAAUGCAAGUGGAAAUGGGCAGCCGUCGUGGUAUGCAAAAAUCGCAGAGGGGAGUCGCCUGCUUCGCAAGAGCUCUGCAACGGCGCUGCCUGGGAAUAUCUCUUCUAUACCAAGGUUUGCCUUGAUUGCGGUGUUGCUUACGCUCGUGGUGCCUGGGUUUCGGUAUACUGGUGGAGAGGGGAGGGACAGUGCUGCUGGGGCGGGAGCGGAUGCGGGCGUUAUACGGAGUGCCGAGUUUGUGGAUAAUGCGUCGACGAUUGAGGGGAGGGCGAGUAGUCCGACAGAUAUCUGUACCCGGUGGAGUAACCAGAUUGCGAAUGUGAAUGGGACGGUGUAUAUCUAUGGUGGGCGGGCGAAGACGAAGAGUGGACAGACUUCUGGAACAUGGAAUAAUGACUUCUUAAGUUUGGACUUGACCAAGACUUGGGAAAGAGAUUCCCCAGCAUUGAAAGGUCUUCCGAAGCCCUCAGGUCCUCCCGCUGUAGCUAUGGGCGCAUUAUGGCACUCCUUUACAUCCUUGUUCAUGUACGGAGGACAGUUCUCCGACAACCCCCCAGAGUCCCCUCUCCCAGUGUCAACGUGGGAAUAUAAUAUCGGUGCAGGGACCUGGAAGGAAUGGGCGAAUCCGCAGACCUCUGCCGGAAACCACUCUGAAGCGGGGGGGUUGAGUGUGCAGAGGUCUGCCGAGGGGUCUGGGAUCAGUGUGCCUGAGCUGGGCAAGAGCUGGUACUUUGGGGGCCACUUGGAUCUCUAUACGACCCAGGGGUGGUCAAAUCAGAUUGCUAGGGUGUAUCUGAAGAGCUUGCUGGAGUUCACGCAUCCCGGGUAUGCAAAUUCCGGUGUUGAGUCUUUGGGCACCUCCAACGCUGCGCCGAGUGGAGGUGUGUACAGAAAUAUUACAGGAGGUGGGUUGCAGGAUGAAGCUGGCUUCACCGAGAGGGCUGAUGGUGCGCUUGUCUACAUUCCUGGAUGGGGAAGCGAGGGUAUCAUUCUCGGCUUGGCUGGAGGCACUAAUGAAUCAUUUACCGAGAUGGAUACGAUCGAUAUUUAUGAUGUUGCGAAUAGCACGUGGUAUAAGCAGGCGACAUCCGGAACAAGCCCUCCUAUCCGCGUCAAUCCAUGCGUAGGAGUGGUGGCCGCUCUGGACGGGACAUCUUUUCAAAUUCAUCUUUACGGUGGACAGAAUCUCAUACCGUUCGGAAGCCAGAUUCAGUACUCCGAUAUGUGGAUCCUAACGAUUCCGUCCUUCACCUGGAUCCAGGUCGACAUGGACGGGCAAUCUGUACCGCACGCCCGUGCAGGCCAUCAAUGCAUCAUGUGGGAUGGACAGAUGGUUGUUAUCGGUGGUUACGUGGGCAAGGACAUCUCGUGCGACAGUCCAGGAAUCUACAUCUUCAACGCCUCCUCCCUCCAAUGGCAAAAUUCUUUUGUGUCACUUUCGUCAUCUUCCUCCGGGUCCUCUGCGGAGACAGACGACCAAGGCUGGUCCAUCCUCCAAGGCUCGCGAGGCUACCAAGUCCCAGCUGUCGUCCAAUCCAUCAUCGGUGGCUCCUCCCAAGGUGGAGCAACAGCCACCAGCCCAGCCGUAGGCGCCGCAACCGCGGGCCCCAUCGCAACGGGCAAACCUCCGAUUUUCACAGUCACGCAGUCCGGCUCAAUCGUAACCCAAACCGCUCAACCUACCUCAACAGGCUCAUCCAAAUCGGGAACUAAUGUCGGCGCAGUCGCAGCUGGCGUAGUUGCCGGUCUUCUCGCUCUUCUAGCUGGCUACCUAGCUUUCUGUUCGUGGUUGUACAGGAAACAGCUCGGAAUGUACAAAAACCAUGUAGCGAUGGCGCAACGGACAGCGUUUACGAAUAGCCCCGAAAACGAGAAUUGGAGCUCUGAAGCUGAGCCGAGCGAUCUCGCCGCGGCAAAGGGUCGAGAGAAGCCUGUGGGUUUUAUGCUCGGUCCGUUUGGGACCGAGAUUGGAGGCAGUGGAUCCGGGAGCGCGAGUGCUAGUGCGGACCGCUCGUCGACGGGUUCGAGGCUUGCUCCUGGUAGUGUGGAGAACAGCAGCGUGUAUGGGAGUGGGGGUGCGUACGGCGGCGGCGUGAUGCCUGGGGCGCACUAUGGGCGGAUGAGCGAGGGCGAUGAGGGGAUGGAGUAUGAUCUCGGUGCUGGGGGGCGGCCGCAGUAUCUUGGAGCUGGGCGGCUGAGCCACAGUUACGGGAGGCUGGGUGUCCAGACGGCGCAUUCGAGCGUGGAGGAUCUCCUGGGGGGUCAGGAACCGUCAUUCUUCAGCGUGGUGUGGAACCCGCGGAGAACGCUGAGGGUUGUGAAUCUUGAUUGA